CCAAUUCGAACACGCUCUCUCUCUCUCUCUCUCUCUCUCUCUCUCUCUCUCUCUAGGGUUUAAUUUGGGGGGGAAAUCCCAAAUUUUGUUGUUUUCUCAUCGAUUAGGGCAAAACCGAUCUCGAUUUUGGGCCGGGAUGAGCCGAGCGAGCUCCGGUUCGGGGGAUUCGGACGCUCCCAGGAGGGAUUCGAAGCGACCCAAGUAUUCGAGGUUUACUCAGCAAGACCUUCCGGCUUGCAAGCCAAUUCUUACUCCCCGAUGGGUCAUUUCGGCAUUCACACUUGUUGGCAUCGUCUUCGUCCCUAUCGGCGUCGCUCUACUAUUAGCUUCGAACAAAGUUGUUGAAAUAAUUGAUCGAUAUGAUACCGAAUGCGUGCCGGAUAACAUGGCUAAUGAUAAAGUUGCUUAUGUGCAAAAUGAAGGGAUCGACAAAACAUGCACGAGAAUACUCACGGUUCCAAAGGAUAUGGGUCGGCCCAUUUAUGUGUAUUAUCAACUCGAUAACUUCUACCAGAAUCAUAGAAGGUACGUAAGGAGCCAAAACGAUGCACAGCUUCGAGAUGCUGGAAAGGCGAACUACACGAGCGACUGCGCUCCUGAAAAGAAAACCUCAGAUGGUUCUCCAAUUGUUCCCUGUGGUUUAAUAGCUUGGAGUUUGUUCAACGACACGUACAGCUUUGUUCGUGGGAACGAGAACUUGGCGGUGAACAAGAAAGGCAUUUCGUGGAAGAGCGAUCGGGAGCACAAGUUUGGAAAGGACGUUUAUCCCAAGAACUUUCAGAACGGAACUUUGAUCGGUGGUGGAAAGCUUGAUCCGAACAAACCUUUGAGUGAACAGGAGGACCUAAUCGUUUGGAUGCGGACUGCAGCCCUCCCGACAUUCAGAAAACUGUACGGAAAGAUCGAGACGGACCUCAAAGAGAACGAUACGAUAACUGUGACCUUGGAAAACAACUACAACGCGUACAGUUUCAGCGGCAAGAAGAAGUUGGUGCUCAGCACCACAAGCUGGCUCGGUGGAAAGAACGAUUUCCUCGGCUUCGCGUAUCUGAGCUUCGGCGGUUUAUGCUUCUUUCUCGCGACGGCGUUCACUUUGGCAUAUAUGAUAAAUCCGAGGAAACUGGAAGAUCCUUUGUCCUUGUCUCGGACCAAAAACCUCUUGGACCACUGAAUUUUUUUAAUUUUCUUUUUAAAUUUUUUUUAACUCCUUUUGUAAAGCCAUUCGAAGAUUCGCCUCGUAUCUUCGACAUGUAUAUUUUUUCCCCCUAUUUUUUUUUUUUUUAAUUUCUAAUUUCGAAGAUCUAUGAGGCAUACAAGUGAACCAGAGUGGGGAAAUAUGCUUCAUGAAUGUGUAAAUAUAGAUAAAGAAUUAUACACAAAUCUUUUCCAAAUUAUUUGGGUUAAUGUGUGA